CGGCAAGGCGGUGCGCAUGCGCACUGAGGGGGAUGUAGUUGUGGAGAAGGAGGCGGUGGCUCCUGAGGGCGCUUUGGGCCUCCUCCGCCUGGGAUGGAAGCCGGGAAAGAGCACUGGAAGCUUCUGGGCAGCCUGAAGUCUACUGUGGAGGGCUUGGUGUCCAUCAACAAUCCCAACGUCUGGUCUAAAUAUGGGGGCUUGCAACGGCUUUGCAGGGACAUGCAUGGCAUCCUGUACCAUGGCCUCAUCCCAGACAAGGUGUGUUGCCGGCAGAGGGAUUACUGGCAUUUUGUGAAGGACAUCCGCUGGCUGAGCCCUCAUGCAGCCCAUCAUGUGGAGAAGUUCAUCAGCCUGCAUGAGAACGGGCAGCGGAACACCGACCGAGCCAUUGCAGAGCUCUGGCUCCAGCACAGCCUGCAGUUCCAUUGCCUCUCAGCUCAGCUGAAGCCUCUACUUGAGAACAAGCAGUACGUCAGGAAAUUCUAUGCAGACUCGGCUUUUUUGCUCAGCGAUGCCCAUGUCACGGUCAUGCUGCAGUGCUUGGAGGCUGUAGAGCAGAACAACCCCCGGCUCUUAGCUCAGAUAGACGCAUCCAUGUUUGCCAGAAAAAGCGAGGUUUCCAUGCCUGUGACGAAGAGUCGAAGCCUCACAGCACUUCCUGGUUCCAUGUGCAUUCCUCCCGCUGAAUCCACAGCUCCAUGCUAUUUUGGCUCCUUCUCAGGUGUUCACACAGCUGCCGCCAGCAUCCAAGACAGGAGACUCUCAAGCACUUUGGUUUGCAGCAGUAGCUCCAGCCAGCCUCAGGAAAAUGCCCCGUGUGCCUCAUCCUCCCACUGGCAGCCGGAGGGCCGGUCCCCCCCACGCCUGAUUGCCCCCCAGCUCACUGUCUCUUGCCCCAAAGACUCCUCCCUGACUGGCGAGAUGAGCACAGGCACCUCCGCUGACCCCAGCGAUGACUCCUGGGCAGGGGGCCAGGACGACACAGACGGGCCGGAAUACCUGGCCAUCGGGAACCUGGGCCGGCAGAGUCGGUCCUGCGACAGCCCCAGCGAGUCCAACGCGGCCACCCCCAACAGCGUUGGGAGCAGCACCUCCAACCUGUUCUCAUCCGGCAGCUCACAGAAACCGGAGUCCCUCUCCUCUUUGAGUGAGCAUGGGGCCAGCGGAGGGAGCAGCAGCAGCGUCCGAGGGACCAGCAUCUUGCGCAGAUCCAGCUUCUCAGAGGGACAGACAUUGGCUCCACCAGGGACGCUCAGGAGGAGCCACAUGCGCUCCCACUCGGACACCAAUGUGGCCUCUGGGAGAGCACAUGGAGGGCACAGGGAUAUGAGCAUUAUAAUAGAAGACCCUGUAGCAGAAUCCAAUGGUGAUAUCUCCCAGUUCAAAGGCGGCAUGUCCUGCUCAAUGCAGAGAGGCGAAGUGAGCUCUCCUGGCUCUGUCUACAUGGAAUAUGACACGGGGCAAUACCUGCACUCUGGCGAAGGGAUGUUCCGAAGGCCCUCCGAAGGCCAGUCCUUGAUCAGUUAUUUGUCAGAGCAAGAUUUUGGCAGCUGCGCAGACUUGGAAAAGGAAAACGCUCACUUUAGCAUCUGCGAGUCACUCAUUGCUGCCAUUGAGCUGAUGAAGUGCAACAUGACGAACAGGCAACUGGAAGAGGAGGAGGAGGACAGUGACAAGGAAAUCCAGGAGCUGAAGCAGAAGAUCCGCAUCCGUCGGCAGCAAAUCAGGACCCGAAAUCUCCACUCAGCUUACGAGGAAAUAGGGUCUGACAGUCUUUUGGCAACAGAUAGCGGGUCCCACUUCAGCUCCCGAGAUUCAGCGCGUCUUUCUGACUCUGGAUCGGCUGAAGAGGUGGAUGAAUACGAGAUCAAAGAUGGUAACGAUGGAUCUAACCUCAUUCAAUUGUCCAAGAGUGGCCUGUCCGUCUCAAUGGCUUCCUUGUUUUCAGAUGAAGACAUCAAGAGGAGUUCAGCUCCCAGCAGAAAAGCCUUCCACUUCUCUGGUUCCACGUUCCAUUCCUUCCUCAACUCGAACUCAGCUGAAGCCGUGGCCAUGGGCCUCCUGAAGCAGUUUGAAGGGAUGCAGCUGCCAGCAGCUUCAGAACUCGAAUGGCUUGUGCCGGAGCAUGAUGCCCCACAGAAACUGUUGCCAAUUCCCGAUUCGGUGCCCAUCUCUCCCGAUGACGGGGAGCACGCCGACAUCUACAAGCUCCGCAUCCGGGUCCGAGGGAACCUAGAAUGGGCCCCGCCAAGGCCGCAGAUCAUCUUCAACGUCCAUUCGGCACCAACGAGGAAGGUGGCAGUGGCCAAACAGAACUACCGUUGUGCAGGCUGUGGCAUCAGGACAGAUCCCGAUUACAUCAAGCGCAUGCGCUACUGCGAGUACCUUGGCAAAUACUUCUGCCAGUGCUGCCACGAGAACGCCCAGAUGGUCAUCCCCAGCCGCAUCCUGCGCAAGUGGGACUUCAGCAAGUAUUACGUCAGCAACUUCUCCAAAGACCUGCUCACCAAAAUCUGGAAUGACCCCCUCUUCAACGUGCAGGACAUUAACCCUGGUCUCUACCGCAAGGUCAAGCCGCUCAACCAAGUCCGGCUGCUGCGAAUCCAACUGUACCACAUGAAGAACAUGUUCAAGACCUGCCGCCUCGCUAAAACGCUUCUAGAUGCCUUUGACGCUGUGCCAGGCCACUUGACAGAAGACCUUCACCUCUAUUCCUUAAAUGACUUGGGGGCCACCAAGAAAGGGGAGCUGCUUCCCCGCCUCUCGGAGCUCCUCAGGGCGGGUUCCCUGCACGUCGAGAAAUGCAUGCUGUGUCAAGCGAAGGGCUUCAUCUGUGAGUUCUGCCAGAACGAGGACGUCAUCUUCCCCUUUGAGCUGAAUAAGUGCAGAACUUGUGAAGAAUGCAGAGCCUGUUACCACAAGACCUGCUUCCGGUCAGGGCCCUGCCCCAAGUGUGAACGACUCCAAGCGCGGAGAGAGCUGCUGGCCAAACAGAGCAUGGAGGCCGACCUCUCGGAUUACGAGGACGGUCAGGAAGAGGAUGCAGCGGGAGCGGCCACGUGACAGUCGACAAGGCUGGACUCUUGUUUCCAGACACUGAACUGACAGUGGAUUGAAGAGGACUCUCCCACGGUGAACACACCGGUUGCGAUGGAGGGACAUUUUGCACUUGACCAGGGAGAUCUAGUAUCCCUCUUCCAUGUGAGAUCCAGGGCAAGGUUUAUGGACUCUUCUUGCCACUAACUUCGAUGCACUACAAAGCCAAGCUUUGCUUUAAGGCAGGCAUGGGCCACUUUUGGCCCUCUGGGUGUUUUGGACUUCAACUCCCACAAUUUCUAACAGCCUACCGGCUGUUAG